CGAUUUCCGAAGACCACCCGCACUGUUCAUUCCCCCACUUCCGCACACAUAUCCCCAUAAUCCACCUCUCUGUUUGAUAAUUCGACACAAUGGCUCCUACCAUCGCAAUCACCGGCUCAGCCAGCGGCAUCGGCGCCGCAAUUGCCAAGCUCUACGCGGCAAAGGGCUACAACCUCGUGCUCUCGGACUCUGCGACCGCGGUCCUCAAGAGCACGACCGAGUACAUCCAGUCGCAAUUCCCGGCCGUGCAGAUCCUGUCGCAGCCCACGGACGUGAGCAAGUUGUCUGAGCUUGAGUCGCUGCGCGACGCGGCGCUGGCUAAGUUUAAGACUGUCGAUCUGCUGGUUCUUAACGCCGGUGUGCACGGCAACUACAAGACCGAGGAGUUUGGCUGGUGGGGAAAUCCAGAGGGCAUGCGCAAGUUGUUCGACGUCAACCUUUACGGCAUCGUGAACGGCAUCUCAGCCUUCCUGCCCACGCUGCGCGCGCAGGCAAAGACGGGCGCUACCUCGCGCGUCGUCAUCACGAUCUCAAAGCAGGGCAUCUCGAACCCGCCCGGCAACCCGGCCUACAACGCAUCCAAGGCCGCGAUCCGCUUCCUCGGCGAACAGCUCUCGUACGAUAUGAAGGACGAGAACGUCAAGGUGCACAUGCUCGCUCCCGGGUGGACCUACACCGGCAUGGUCGGCGGCUCGCCUGGUAUCUACAUCGACUCCGUGCAUGGCGCCAAGAAGCCCGAGGGUGCGUGGUCGCCCGAUCAGGUGGCCGAGUACAUGGACGAGGGAAUCGCAAAGGAGCACGCGUACAUCAUCUGCCCUGAUAACGAGACUUCCUCCGAGACCGACAAGAUCAGAUUCGAGUGGUCGGCGGGUGAUAUCACGACCCCUCGUUUGCCGCUCAGCAGAUGGAGACCGGAGUAUAAGGAUGAGUAUGCUACUUUCGAUGCUGCCAGAAGAAAGUAAAUACAUAGCUACAUGUCAUUUGCUUAAUAUUAAAAGAAUCAUAUAAGUU